AAGACAGCUGCUAUCAAAUAACAUAAAAGAAGUUUUUACAUGUAUUGGCAUUGCUUUCAUGAGUAACAGUCAAUCCAGUCUAAUUCUUAAAAAAAUGUUUUUUUCAGGUAGCAGAUCUCCUGUUUCAAACAGCAAAAGAUGCUGGUCUCAAGUUCGAUUCCGUAUGCGGUGUUCCUUACACAGCGCUGCCCUUGGCCACGAUCAUCUGUUCGACACAUCAGAUUCCGAUGCUUAUACGGAGGAAGGAAGCAAAAGACUAUGGUACAAAGCGGCUGGUAGAAGGCACCAUUAAUCCAGGAGAAACCUGCUUGAUCAUUGAAGAUGUGGUAACAAGUGGAUCUAGUGUACUGGAAACUGUCGAAGUUCUUCAGAAAGAAGGAAUAAAAGUCACUGAUGCCAUAGUGCUGUUGGACAGGGAGCAGGGUGGGAAGGCCAGGCUAGAAGAACGUGGAAUUCGCCUGCACUCUGUAUGCACGUUGUCCGAGAUGUUAGAGAUUCUCCAAGAGCAGGGAAAAGUGGCCGCUGAGAUGGUUGGAAAGGUGAAGAAAUUCAUUCAGGAAAGCGUGUUUGAGCCAGUGACUCAAAAUGGUCCUGCUCCCAUGAAAAGACUAUGUAAAGAACUGAGCUUCAGCGCUCGUGCUGAGCUACCUGGGAUACAUCCUGUCGCAGCCAGACUUCUCACGCUUAUGGAAAAGAAGCAAACUAACUUGUGCCUUUCUGCUGACGUCACCAACUCCAAAGAGCUGCUGCAGUUAGCUGCUAGCCUGGGCCCCAGUAUUUGUAUCCUAAAGACUCAUAUAGAUAUCCUGAAUGAUUUUACGCAAGAGGUAAUAAAGGAGUUGAGAGCACUUGCAGACCAGCAUGAAUUCUUGAUUUUUGAAGACAGGAAAUUUGCAGACAUUGGAAACACAGUGAAACAUCAAUAUGAAGGUGGUAUAUUCAAAAUAGCAUCCUGGUCAGAUGUAGUUAAUGCUCAUGUGGUUCCAGGCUCUGGAGUUGUGAAAGGUCUGAAGGAAGCAGGUCUUCCUUUACAGCGAGGCUGUCUUCUGAUUGCUGAGAUGAGUUCCCGAGGGUCGCUUGCCACUGGUGACUACACAAAAGCUGCAGUACAGAUGGCUGAAGAAAACUCAGAUUUUGUUUUCGGAUUCAUAUCUGGAUCGAGAGUUAGUAAUAGACCAGAAUUUCUUCACUUAACUCCAGGGGUACAGAUGCAAGCUGGAGGUGAUAACCUUGGACAGAAGUACCUAAGCCCAAAAGAAGUUAUUAACGAAAAAGGUUCAGACAUCAUUAUUGUGGGACGUGGCAUCUUAUCUGCCUCAGACCGUCUUCAAGAAGCAGAGAAGUACAGGAAGGCAGCAUGGGAGAGCUACUUAUGCAGACUUGGUGUUCAUGUGUCAGAUUGAAUUAAGGUCGUUUUUUCUAGUGAAUAAGCAAAGCUCAUGCAGCAGUCAAGAUGGAGCUGAAAUCAUCACGAGACUUUCUCCCAAUUAAAUACGUGAACACUUAGUGUUAAGUCAGUAGAAAACCAUGCCCUUCUGGGGAAAUCUCUUGCUGACUCGGUUAUUUUUAAUUGCGAGCGCACACACAGACAAAACUGUACUUGCCAUGACUGUUUUGUAGUAUUUGAGUAGAUGAAACCAAAACUUGUUGCCAAUUUUUAGCUUAAUUGCUUUUCUCUGCUAAAAAAUGUUGAAUGAAAACACUCUGAAGGGUGCUUGCCUGACUGUUACUGCUCUUUGUUUCUUCUUUCCACCCUCACAUUCCUUCUGGCUGUGGAAACAAUAUUUUACUGUUCUCAGUAAACUUGACCUGCAGUGUUGACCUUCUGUUCCACUAUCACAGGACUACUUGGCUCUGCCAUUUCCAAGGAGCAAGUAUCAAUCUGAAUCCCGCGCUGUGAAGUUGAAUAAUGUGUUGUUUAAUAAACACGUUUGCUACUGUU